AUGAGACUAAACAAGAUUUCAAUAUCUUGUUUUCUUUUUGUUAUAGCGGGUUUUUACUGGUUUCAUGGGCACACAAAUGAUAAAGUUGAUCAUCUUACCUUUAGGGCCGUACGAAAGCUAUAUGAUAGCUCAAAGAUAAUAGACGGGUGGAUUGAUAUUUCUUUCUUUCCCUGUCAUCAGAGUGUAACGAAAUCUGAAGGAUGCAAAAUACAUAGCGGUGAAUUGGGAGCCAAAGAAGCCAACAUUCGUCAGAUUCUUUUUGAAAACUUUGAAAGUGAACAUGAUCCUAGACUUCUACCAGCGUUAUGGAUAUCCGCAAUUACUAAUGAAAUAAAGCAAAAAAAUGGUACAUUGGACCCUUCAUUCACAUUACCAUUUAGUUGGUCCAGUUGGCUCAGUAUUACCAAUUCAAGAAAGAAAGUACACCCACCAUUGUCAUCAUAUGAGCUCAAUUGUGAUAGUUUCAUAGACUAUUUCCAGUCAAACGCAACAGCUGUCGAUAAGAGCUGUGUUAAUUUAAAUAAUGACUACAAAAGGUAUCCAUGUUUGGCUUUCACGAAAGCUAUUGACUAUGCUAUGCCAGAAGAAGCUAGGAGAAUCGUUGGGUCAACUUUCCUUUCUGAAUUUGCACCAAUUCCUAAGAGGGUGUUAUUUUUAGGUAUUGGUCCGCAAGAGAGUCUGAUUUUAGUUCCCACGAGCUCGAACAAGUCUGAAAUGGGUUCUUUGAUUGAUAUUUAUAUGAAGAACACUGACGGGACAGAUUCGAGUAUAAAACAAUUUAAAGACGUGAUAAGUAUUUCAAACGAAAUCAAGAUAUUAACAAAGAUGUGGAAUUCUUUCAAGUUAAACUUGUCAAGUCUAGCAGAGACAGAUGUUAAUUCAGAUAUCUUUAGAAUCGCAAAAUACAAUGGUGAAAUGAACCUGUUGAGUAAAAAAGACUUCCUUUUCGAUCUAAAAGAGUAUAUGGCAAUGUUGGAGGGAACUAUUGCAUUGUCAUACAGUGAAGAUGUCAAAAAUGAUUUCGAUAAAAGUCUACUUGAAACGGUUAAUUUAGAAUUACGAAGCCAUCCUGAUUACUCCAAGUAUUUUCACGAGGCUUUAGUGGUGGAAUCUGGCGACGGUGAACAUUUUGAUUGGAGAUUUUUCAGGAGUAUUAAAUAUUCAGAUUAUGAGAGAAGGGCCAUUCUACAUCGUUUAACCAGAGCAUGGUUGCAAUUUACAAAUUCCAUUGGUAUUGUCUCUUUUCUUGCACAUGGGUCUUUACUUGGCUGGUAUUGGAAUGGGAUGAGCUUGCCCUGGGACCAAGACGUUGAUGUACAAAUCACAACGAAAUCGCUACUUUUACUUGCGAGAAACUAUAAUCAGACAGUUGUUUGUGACUUUCAAAAGGGAUUUUCAUAUGGCGUUGGUUCUUAUUUGAUUGACGUUGGGUCUAGUUUUUUCAGUAGAUCAAAAGAUAAUGGUGCAAACUUGGUCGAUGCUAGAUUCAUCGAUAUCGAAAGUGGAUUUUAUGUUGACAUAACUGCUUUAUCUUUCACAAAAGCUUCAGAAACAAUUUUAUUGGAAAGCUCUGACUCAGUUGAGCUCAACCAGUUGCUAGAUUCCGACUUCCUUAUAAAAAAAGAUUCAUGUACUGAAAGUAAUGAAAAGCUCUACGAAGAUUGCUUUACGAAGAGAGAACUAUUGCAACGAAAUCAGAGCCUAUUCAACUGUAGGAAUCACCACUUUUAUAUUUUGGAAGAGUUGACGCCUUUAAUACCGACUCUAUUCGAAGGUGUUAGAGCUUAUAUUCCGAAUAAAUACGAAUCCAUAUUAAAGAGGGAAUAUAGACGAGGUACGUUACUCAAAAGUUAUGGAGGCUAUACUUAUCGACCAAUUUUGGGAACAUGGGUCUCUGACAAUACCUGCAGACAUGAUUUGAUUGGCACCAACUGUUCUGACGAGGAAACGAUAUUGGAAGCAAAGUGCAUCGAGCCAUUGAUCUUGGAGCAUAAACAAUUCAUGAGAACUAGGCAAAGAGCCUACGAAGACGCCUCUCCGGAGAUAGACCCUGUAAGGACUGAUCCAUGGAUGGUCAGAAGAGGUCAGAAAAUUGUUCAAAUCUUCCAUGAUCAGUUAAAUUACGAUUCUAUACAAAUCUAA